GUGUCCGCCCUGCUCCAGGGCUUCCCAGCUGCCUCUCAGAUGAAGCAGGAACCCUUUCCUGGGAGUCAGGGUCCUCCGAGGCGUGACCCGUCCACCGUCCCAGCUCUGUCUCCUGUCGCUCCACCGCACAGACUUGCUUCGCGGGCCUGAGUGGCCCCUGUUGUCCCGCGUCUUCAUGUCGCCACCUUCGCUCUGCUCCCACCUCCCGCCCUCUCCUGCCCGCCUGCCGGCCCUGAUUUGUGCCUGGGGACACCUGCGGGGUGCAUCCUUCGCCAGCUCCCAUCCCGAUGCCCGCGGAUCAGGGAUGCUCCCAUCCCUUCUCUCACGCUCCUUGGACGGUUGUGUCCCUCCCUCUGCCCCAGGGCAUGCUCCUGGAGGGCAGGGGUCUUCUGUCUCCUCUGGCAGCGAGCCUGGCAAAGGAAUGCUCAGUAACUACGGAACGAUUAUCUGCGUCCAUGGGGCGGGCCCAUCCAAGGGACCCCCAGACCCACAAGGGCUGCUCCCCUGGGCUCCCCGGUGCUGGGGACCUGAAGAGGGACCUGGUCCCUGCUUAGCAGGAGUCCCGUGGCUCCAGGCGGGGCGGUGUGUGGGGGCGGAGGCUAAGCCUUCUCCCCUCCAGAUGCGGACGAGUGCCUGCGGGAGCGCGGCGGCUGCCAGCACACCUGCGUGAACCUCAUGGGAAGCUACGAGUGUCGCUGCAAGGAGGGCUCUUUGCUGAGUGACAAUCAGCACACGUGCAUUCACCGCUCAGAAGUGACCUGUGACCAUGGAAACGGCGGAUGCCAGCACUCCUGUGAGGACACGGCUGCAGGCCCGGAGUGUAGCUGCCACCCUCAGUACGAGCUGCACGUGGAUGGGAGGAGCUGCCCCGAGCGACAGGACACUGCCCUGGAGGUGACAGAGGGCAGCGCCACAUCCGUGGCGGACAGGGAUAAACGGGUGAAGCGGCGGCUGCUCAUGGAGACGUGUGCUGUUGGCAAUGGAGGCUGCGAUCGCACCUGUAAGGACACGGCGACCGGUGUUCGCUGCAGUUGUCCCGUCAGCUUCACGCUCCAGCCGGGCGGGAAGACCGGUAGAGAUGUUGACGAGUGCCACACGCGCAACGGAGGCUGCGAUCACGUCUGCAGAAACACCGCGGGCAGUUUUGACUGCAGCUGCCGAAAGGGAUUUAAGUUACUGACAGAUGAGAAGUCUUGCCAAGAUGUGGAUGAAUGCUCUUGGGAGAGGGCCUGCGACCACAGCUGCAUCAACCGCCCUGGCUCCUUUGCAUGUGCUUGCAACACGGGGUAUACCCUCUACGGCUUCACCCACUGCGGAGACACCGACGAGUGCAGCGUCCACAACGGAGGCUGUCAGCAGGUUUGUGUGAACACGGUGGGCGGCUACGAGUGCCAGUGCCUCUCCGGGCACACGCUGCACUGGAACGGAAAGGACUGCGUGGAAGCGGAGGGGGCCCUGGCCGCUGGCGCGUCACCCCGCGUGUCCCUGCAGUGCACUAGGAGCGCUCUCAGCUGUCGCUCUGGCAUUCACCUCUCCUCAGGAUUGCAAGAGGCCUAUUCCGUCACCUGCGGCUCCUCCUCCCCUCUCAGGAGCAAACAGCGAGAGUCAGCGGGCUCUGCCUCCGGGGAUGUCGCCAGCGUCAGGAUGAGUGUAACUUUUAAGCUAAAUGGAGGCACAUGUAGUUUGAAAAAGGCCGAGCCGUUUCCCGAGGGCCUGCGACCAGCACCACCAGAGGAGCACAGCUCAGUGAAAGAGAGCUUCCGCUACGCAAACCUUACAUGCAGCUCCCGCAAGCAAGUCCCGGGAGCCCCUGGCCGACCGAGCGCCCUGGAGGACAUGUUUGUCACUGUUGAGUUUGAGCUUGAAACCAACCAAAAGGAGGUCACAGCUUCUUGUGAUCUGAGUUGUGUCAUAAAGCGGACAGAGAGGCGGCUCCGAAAGGCCACCCGCACGCUCCGGAAGGCCGCCCAGAGGGAGCAGGUUCACCUCCAGCUCGUGGGCAUGGACCUCCAAGUGGCUAAAAGGUCUCCCGGGACAGCAGGCCCGCAGGCGGAGUCCUGUGCAGUGGGCCAGGGCCGCGUGGGAAGCCAGUGUGAGGGAGAAGACAGCUGCGUGGGAUUCGAGAAUGGACGUUUGAUGGUCGCUGAAGACACACAAAAGCUUUGCGGCGAUGGGGCAGUGUUCUCGGGGCCCUCAACUCCUUCGUCUGGGGCAGCAGAGCGCGCUGGCUGCGCGAGGAGGAAGAGGAGCAGCUGGCGCUGGGCCUGUUGCCUCUUUAGGCCACAUCUUCCGCACGCGCAUGAUGCCAAGAGCUGUUUCCAGGCGGCUCUUGAUGGCCUUGCAGAACGCUUUUUAGUGUUUAGCUCAUUUUUACUUUGUGAAAGAAGCAAAUUAAUUGGGAAGGUGCUUGGCCUGGAUUAUUUCUAUAGGUCUUUCUCCCUGGAAGGAAGAUGGGACCUGUGAGCGAUGAGAUGAGUUUGUUUACGUGGGCAGGCCUUUCACGGUGAGGAAAGAGAGCGGGCGCCUCUGUCCCCGGGCGGCCCGAGGGGCAUUUCUCGGUCCUGAGCUCACUUGAGAAAUGGCAGCAGAUGUGAGACGUUCUGAGGCUUCGCAGGAUGUAGCUUGAAAAGGCUUUGGGGAUCUCAGUGGUUCUAGCGAGGAAUGGCCCCUCAGUGCUGCGGGAGCCCCCAGCAAGAACCCGGUCCCUUCUCGCCCCCCCCCCCCCCCGGGGGAGUUGUUUCUGCCAGAGGAAGUGUGAUGGACCAGACCAAGCUGUUCGGACUCUGUGACUCACAGGGCUGUUGAGUCACUGCUGUGGGUGGGCACUGUCCCUCGAGGUGAACAAAUGCUGCGAAAACAGCCAUUGCCACGGAGGAAAUGGCUUGGGCUCCGGACACCAGGCAGCCUUGAUUUUACUAACUUGCUGCCAGUCUUCAUGACAGGUGGCUCGUGAAAGCCACGAAGGGGUUAUGCCCCCGUGGAAGGGACCACCAUGCACCCUGGGGUAGUCAGGUGGGACACCGGCCAAAAAGCUGUGAAUUCCUGGUGCGUAAUUCAGCCCAGCCUUUCAUGGGGGAUGAGCUGAAGCCAGAGUAAUUGUGGAAAGCCAUUAUCCAGUAGGGCUGCAUUUAGAGACUAAAUCUGGACUAUAGGCUCUGCCUGCCACAGCUCUGUGCAACAUACUCAUUAUAAUGUCAUUUGCCAAGAAAGCAAGAGUUUAGUGUGCUUCGGAUUUUUUAAAACAAUCAUAAAAUUAAAUAAAAAUGAUACGUAGAUAUUGUAAAAGAAAAUCCAAACCGUAUAAAAAAGUAUUAAGAUUUAGACUUUAGAGUGGACUUUGAUUUAAUCGAUUGCAUUUAAUUGUAGAAAUAAUAUUUGAAAUGUGGCAUAUUUUGGCUUACUGUGAUUUUUUUCUUAAAGCCUCAUUUUUGUUUUCUUUAGAUUAGGGAGUAAAUAAUGGAAAGACACUUUUAUUACCGGUAAUAGAGAACUUUGCUGUGGUUAACCCUGAAAGUACAUAUGCCAAUUGCAUUUGUAAGACAGGAUGAAAACCGGCAUUCCUCCUUAGGCACAUUCAAGAGCUAUAAUCACUAAUUUUAUCAUGUGCUAUUUGUUUCCUGUUUCCUGGCAGCUUAGGCAUAGAAUAAAAUGUUUUUAUUCCAGCCAAACUCUCCUAAUGCCAUGUAGAGAACCCGGGCAGAGUCUGGCGUUGUGACUCGGUCUAUGCCUUUGUUUAACGAGCUUUUUCCUCUCUAAGCUCAAAGCUCUGGGUCUCAUUGUUGGUGUAUUUCACGGAUCAGCCAAAAGAUUUAACCUCCCGAGUUUUGGUUUCCGUGCGGUGGAGCUCUCGCCACCGUGCCCGGCUCCUUAGGGUGGUUUCCAGACCCCGUGAGAUACUGCGCGUAAAGCUGGUGGCACGGUGUCCGGGAGCCCCCGCGUUCUCAGCACGUGUUAGCUAGCAGAAAGCCUGUUUCCAGCUCCCGCUGCAGGGCCACAGGGUUGACGGCAGCUCUGAAGCGGCAGGGACGCGGGUCUGACACCCGGUCCAGCGAGGAGGGUUAAGGAUCCAGCGUGGAGGAGGUUGAGCCACAGCUGUGGUGCAGGUCGCAGCUUUGGCUCGGAUUUGCUCCCUGGCUGAGGAACUCCGUGUGCCCUGGGGCAGCCAGAAAAAAGACAAAAGAAAGGAAGGAAGCCUGUUUCGAUGGUGGUGGUGAUGAUGUUUAGCUAUUAUACUCGGGAACCCAAUUCAGUGUAUUUACUUUAUAUUCAGAUCCUAAAAUAAAAAUAAGCCCACGUUUAACUAACAGCACCAAAAAUAGAAUCGGAAGCACAGUUUAUUAGUUCCCCGUUUACUCCUUGUAAUGCCGCCUUCUUUGCAAAUCUGGAGCAUGUGCCGUUUUGCAGAGCUCGUCUGCAAGACCCUUGCAAUCACCGACAGAGAGUGAGCUUUUCUAAACACAGCUUCCGGUGGCACCCCCUCCUUUCAGUGGCUCCCUACCUGCUGGUUGAAAGCCAGAGGCCUGGCCUUCGAGGACGUUGGCCUGGCCUUCGAGGACGUCGGCCUGCCCCCAGCCUUCCUUUCCUCCCUCCCGGCCCCUGAGUCAGGCGUGCGUCUUUACAGCCUGCCCCUUCUCCUCUCUGCGGAGCUCGUCCUCAUUCUUCCUGGCCGGACGCAAAUGUGGCCUUUUUCAGGAAGCCUACCGGGAUGCACCAGCCAGAACAGCACCUCCUCUCUUCUUCCAGCACUGAAUUCAGUGAAUGAAUUUCACCUCUA